AUGUCGAAAGUUAAGAAUUUGCUUGCCAAAAUAUUGCAACGCUUCGGCAGAGGCCACAACAAUUGCCAUGGUGGCAGCAACGACAGCCAGCGGUACGACAGCCUGGAGGAGAUUGCCCAGAAUCAGGCCAACGAGCGUAUGCUAAUGGAGACGCUGAUUCGCUGCGAGGAGGAGCAUUUGGUGAUUUGCCUGGAGACGGCAGCGGGCAGCUUCUAUUGGCAUUCACAGUAG